AUGUCUGACGCAGACUUCGAAACCGUCCGGAAGCUCCAGGCUGAGCGGAAUGCUGCCGCCGCUGCGAAAAAGAGCUCGCGCACCUUCGACCCGUCCAACCAGCGAUCCGACGCGGGAACCAAGCAGAAACUCACCGAUAGCUUUGACACCGAUCUAUAUGAUCGCAAUGGAGUUGACAAGUUUGCCGGAUAUAACACGUCCAUCCCUGCUGGCGAUGACGACGAUGAGGAGAUGGAGGGCGCUGAUAACACGCGACGCCUCGUCGGCCAGUAUACGGCCUCACGUGCCAUGAUCGACGAGUUCGCUCAUGGAGAUGGCGUCGAGGAAGACGACCCCCUGGCAGGCCGUGGCGAGCGCAGCAACCGAAUUACUGAUCGCGAGACCGAUUACCAGAAGCGACGAUUCGAUCGUGUCCUUACCCCGACCCGAGCCGACCCGUUCGCUGCCAACCGCCAGGCCGGUGCUGCCGAAGAUGGAACUAGCUAUCGCGAUGUAAUGGAGAUGCGCGAGCUGGAGAGAGAAGAAGAACGCGUUCGCCGCACCAUUCAGGCCAAGGCGGAAGGCCGAGAAGAGGAAGAUGGCAAUGUUGCACAAGCAACACUGAAAGAUGGCGAUAAAGAAAAUACCGAGGCCGGAUCAACUGAGGCUGUCGCCGCAGGCAGGAAGCGCAAGAAGAGAUGGGAUGUUUCGUCUACUCCAGCUGAGGACGAAGCUGCCACUCAGCCUUCAGAGACUGCCAAAUCCAAGCGUUCUCGAUGGGACCAGACGCCAGGCCUGCCAGGGCCCGACUCUGCAGAUGCGCCGAAGAAGCGCUCUCGAUGGGACCAGGCGCCAUCCGCCACGCCUAUGGGAAACCAAGGACUCGCAACGCCGAUGCAUCCCACGCAAGCGAGCGGUGCUGUGCUACCGACUACUUUCGGCACGGACAUUUCAGGGCGUAACAUGCCGUUGAGUGAUGAGGAGCUGGACAUGCUCCUCCCUGGCGAAGAGCAAGGUUACAAGAUCCUCGAGCCUCCACCAGGAUACGCUCCUGUGCGAGCUCCUGCCCACAAGCUCAUGGCUACACCGGCGCCGCAGACUGGAUUCAUGAUGCAGGAUCCUGACGCUGUCAGGUUGAGCGGAAAGCCCAUGCCAGCUGAAAUUCCAGGAAUUGGCGACUUGCAAUUUUUCAAGGCUGAGGAUAUGGCAUACUUCGGCAAGCUUACCGACGGUUCUGACGAGAACAGCCUGAGUGUGGAGGAGAUGAAGGAGAGGAAAAUCAUGAGGCUGCUCUUGAAAGUCAAGAACGGUACUCCACCAAUGCGUAAAACCGCUCUAAGACAGCUCACCGACAAUGCCAGGCAGUUCGGAGCUGGUCCUCUCUUCGAUCAGAUUCUCCCCCUACUCAUGGAGAAGACGUUGGAGGACCAAGAGCGCCACUUGCUCGUCAAGGUUAUCGACCGCAUUCUGUACAAGCUCGAUGAUCUGGUGAGGCCAUACGUCCACAAAAUACUGGUUGUUAUUGAGCCGCUACUCAUUGACCAAGAUUACUAUGCCAGAGUCGAGGGCCGCGAGAUUAUCUCUAACCUCAGUAAAGCAGCGGGUUUGGCUACUAUGAUCAGCACGAUGAGACCAGAUAUCGAUCACGUCGAUGAGUAUGUCCGAAACACCACUGCCAGAGCGUUUGCCGUGGUUGCUUCGGCAUUGGGCAUUCCGGCGCUUCUGCCCUUCCUUCGGGCUGUUUGUCGAAGCAAGAAAUCAUGGCAGGCUCGACACACUGGUGUUAAAAUCGUGCAGCAAAUCCCCAUCUUGAUGGGUUGCGCAGUUUUGCCGCACCUCAAGGGACUAGUGGACUGUAUUGGUCCUAACCUCAACGACGAACAAACCAAAGUAAGGACUGUCACCAGUUUGGCCAUCGCUGCGCUCGCAGAGGCUUCCAACCCCUACGGUAUUGAGAGCUUCGACGACAUUCUCAACCCCCUGUGGACCGGGGCUCGCAAGCAGCGUGGCAAGGGCCUGGCUGGUUUUCUCAAGGCUGUGGGUUACAUUAUUCCCCUAAUGGAUGAGGAAUAUGCGAACUACUACACCAGUCAAAUCAUGGAGAUCCUUCUUCGUGAAUUCUCGUCUCCAGAUGAGGAAAUGAAGAAGGUUGUCCUCAAGGUGGUGUCACAGUGCGCUGGCACUGAUGGUGUCACGGCAGGCUAUCUUAAGGAACACGUUUUGGACGAAUUCUUCAAGAGCUUCUGGGUGAGACGAAUGGCCUUGGAUAAACGCAACUACAGGCAAGUUGUGGAGACCACAGUAGACAUCGGCCAAAAGGUGGGGGUUAGUGAAAUUCUGGAAAGAAUUGUGGUGAACCUUAAGGACGAGAGCGAGGCCUACCGAAAGAUGACCGUGGAGACGGUAGAGAAGAUAGUGGCCAGCUUGGGUGCUGCAGAUAUUGGUGAGCGACUUGAGGAGCGACUGAUCGACGGUAUACUGCAUGCGUUCCAGGAGCAGAGUGUGGAAGACAUCAUCAUGCUCAACGGGUUUGGUUCGGUUGUUAAUGCGCUUGGCACGCGUUGUAAGCCGUACCUGCCUCAGAUUUGUAGCACCAUCCUUUGGCGGCUUAACAACAAGUCGGCAACAGUACGACAACAAGCUGCCGACCUCAUCUCCCGCAUUGCUAUGGUCAUGAAGCAAUGCGGAGAGGAUGCACUGAUGGGCAAGCUUGGUGUUGUCCUUUACGAAUACCUUGGUGAAGAGUAUCCUGAAGUCCUCGGAUCCAUUCUGGGAGCUCUGCGAUCCAUUGUGACGGUGGUGGGCAUUACGCAGAUGCAACCCCCAAUCAAGGAUUUACUGCCGAGAUUGACCCCUAUCCUGCGUAACCGCCACGAAAAGGUCCAGGAGAACACCAUUGACUUGGUCGGUCGUAUCGCUGACCGUGGACCCGAGAGCGUCAAUGCUCGUGAGUGGAUGCGUAUCUGCUUCGAGCUGCUUGACAUGCUCAAAGCGCACAAGAAGGGUAUUCGACGUGCCGCCAACAACACCUUCGGUUUCAUUGCCAAGGCUAUCGGUCCGCAGGACGUCCUAGCCACUCUACUGAACAACCUUCGCGUCCAGGAGCGUCAGUCUCGUGUUAACACAGCCGUUGCUAUCGGUAUCGUCGCUGAGACUUGCGCACCCUUUACGGUCCUUCCUGCUCUCAUGAACGAAUACCGUGUGCCUGAGCUCAAUGUGCAAAACGGUGUUCUCAAGUCGUUGUCCUUCCUGUUCGAGUAUAUUGGCGAGAUGGCGAAGGACUAUGUCUACGCUGUUACCCCUCUGCUCGAAGACGCGCUUAUCGAUCGAGACCAGGUCCAUCGCCAGACAGCUGCCUCAGUCGUCAAGCACAUCGCCCUUGGCGUCGUGGGUCUUGGCUGCGAGGACGCCAUGGUUCAUCUCCUGAAUUUGUUAUACCCGAAUCUCUUCGAAACUAGCCCGCACGUCAUCGACCGUAUUAUUGAGGCCAUCGAGGCCAUCCGCAUGGCGGUUGGACCUGGAAUUGUCCUCAACUACGUCUGGGCAGGCCUAUUCCACCCUGCGCGCAAGGUUCGGCAACCGUACUGGAGGCUCUAUAACGAUGCCUACGUCCAGGGUGCCGACGCUAUGGUGCCGUACUAUCCUAAUCUAGACGAGGAAAAGGUUGACAGGUCGGAGUUGGCGAUCAUGCUAUAG